AGGCGCAGGCGCAGCCAGCCUCCUCCACCCCUCGGCAAGACGACAACCGCCGCGCAGGGAGGAGGAAGCGAAGCGCCCUCGAGAACCAAACCCCCACCGUUUCCUGCCACCGAUCUUGGGGUCAUUGCUCGGUUCGUUCUCGCCUACAAACUGAGAAUCCCUCCUCUCUUCUCUUGAUCGAUCGGUUUCUUAGGUCGGAGAAAUCCAUUAUCGAUUCGUUCUUGACGGGGGUGAAGGAAACCUCGUUGUUUUGCUGAGGAUUGUUGUGUCCAAGAAGAUUCUUGGGAGCAGUUGUUUGCUGGUUCCGAGCCGCGGGAGAAUUGUUGGUGGUUCUUGAAGGAAGGGUGGUUCUUGGUUUCUUGGGUUCGGUCGAUGCUGUGCGAUGCCGGCCGGCCUCCGCUCGGCGUCACCCGACGCCAGCGAUAUUGACGCCACCCUUGCCCUCGAGGACAUCUCCGGCGGCGGCGCGGACUGCAUCGGCUCGCUCGCCUGCGGCCGCCGUAGCAGCUUCUCGUACCGCCGCCUCCCCGAGCCGCGCCUGCGCCUCACCGUCCGCAAGCUCGACGAUUCCUGCUUCGAUGUGCAAAUCGCAAGGUCGGCUGCGGUGUGGGAGCUCAAGGCGGCUAUCGAGGACGUGUUCUUCGCCCUCUUUGACGACGCCGAGAGGACCAUUUCUUGGCAGCACGUGUGGAGUCACUUCUGCUUAUGCUUCAAGGACGAGAAACUCACGCAUGACAAGGCAACAUUGCGUGCAUUUGGUAUAAGAGAUGGUGAUGAGCUUCAUUUUGCCCAGCAUCUCUCUGUCGACUACAGCCCGUGCAAGAGUCUUUCCAAAAACCACAAGGCUGCAUCUCACAGAAGGUCAAGGACUUCGUUGGAUGAUUUCAGUUACAGGCCUAGGACUUUGUUGGAUGAGCUCAACGAAGAUGAGGGUGAGAAGUUUACUGACACGAGGCGUUCCACUAGUGUUUUAGAAGAGAUUUGUGUUUAUCAGUACAAUGAGCAAUGCAUGGAAGAAAGUCGCAAGAAGGGAAGUUUCUUUCGUGGUUGGUUCUCAUAUUCUAGAUUGAGGAGUAACAGGAAAACGCACGCAGAAGACACUGCACCAUCAUGUUGUGAGAAGAAAAAUACUCGACCGAAGCUGGGGAAGUGGUUGUCUUCAAAAAGAUUGAAGACACGGUGCAACUGAAGGAAAAAUGGAUGAUUUCUGUGAUAUAUGUCAGCUUUAUUUCACUCAAAUGAAGUUCUGAAAUGGUGUCGUUUUUCUGUCUAUUUGGACGCUUCUUCAUACGGCCAUGAUUCCUUUCAUAACUUUCAAAAGCCGUUAGCUUAGGUGAUCCUCAAAGUUCUAUGUAUAUAUAUGUAUGCUCUGACUUAUUGAUCCUUUGAAAAUUGACGAUCUUAUUAUGCAGUGCAAUGAGAGGA